CGAGUGGGGACCAAAUCCAUGGUUGCAGAGUCAAAUAUGUGCUGAUGUGCGUCGCAGGAAAGAGUUCAGGACUCUCUGACUCCCAUUAAGAUAAAAGCGGCGUUCCAAGAACGUUCUUGACGCCGGUCACGCCCACCAGCUUAUAAAUAUCAGAAAAACAUGUUUGGUUUGGUUGACCGCCGCUUCUUGUCUCAAAUCUCAAUGCUUUUCUUCAAGGUACGCCAGUCCUUUUCUGUUCAUCUUGUUCUCUGUCGUCCUAUUCGGUAAAGGUUCGAUCUUUGCUUGUUCAUAAAGCCUUCCACUUGAUACCCUUUGCUUCCUGUGCAAUAAAUCUGCAAAAACUCUGAUGGGUUAUCGAUGUUUUUCAAUUUCCCUGAUGGGUUUUUGAGGGUUUUCUAUUUUGCUUCUGAUUUGUUCUUGUUAGUAUGCUUUAUUCCUUGAUGGGUUCCUUCUAAAUUUGUCGGUGAGAUUAAAUCUUUGAAUUUCAUCAUUUCGUGUGUUGGAUCUCUAAGUUUUAGAGGGGUCUUAGAGAUUACAAUUGUCCCAGAUAUUGUGUUUUUCUGUGAUUGUUAUGGAUCAUCCAACUUUCAAUGGAGUUCCUGAUUACAUGAAUGGUUUUAGUAUUGGUGACCUAGCCUUCUCACCCAAUUCAACUCAAUUCCCAAAUCUCAUAAAUGAAUACCAAUUUAACCAGCUCUCUCCGGAUCCAAACUUUAUGGGUUCCUUCUGUCAGAAUGAAGCAAACAAGGCUAUGCAGCAGAAUGAGCAAUCUGUUGGAACUAGUAACGGAAAGACUCGUGCCAAGAAAAAUGGCGAUAAGAAAGAAGUGGUUGAUUUGAGAGCUCUCUUGAUUUUAUGUGCACAAGCUGUUUCUGCUGAUGAUCGUAGGACUGCUAAUGAGCUACUAAAGCAGAUUAGGCAGCACUCUUCCCCAUUUGGCGAUGGUUCUCAGAGGUUGGCUCAUUGCUUUGCAUAUGCCCUUGAAGCACGGUUGGCUGGCACUGGAACCCAGUUAUAUACUGCUCUAUCUUCUAAAAGAACGUUAGAUGCUGAUAUGCUGAAGGCUUAUCAGACUUAUAUUAAAGCCUGCCCAUUCAUGAAGGCCGUGAUAGUCAUUGCAAACCACACAAUUUCAAAAUUAGCUGAGAAAGCAGAAACACUGCAUAUUAUAGAUUUUGGAAUCCUUUAUGGUUUUCAAUGGCCUGCUCUCAUCCAUUGCCUGUCAAGAAGACCUGGCGGGCCUCCAAAACUACGCAUUACGGGAAUAGAGCUUCCCCGAAGUGGUUUUCGACCUGAAGAAAGAGUCCAAGAGACGGGUCAUCGUUUGGCAAAGUAUUGUGAGCGGUAUAAUGUUCCUUUCGAGUACAAUGGCAUAGUAAAGAAAUGGGAAACUAUCCAAUACGAGGAACUCAAAGUCAAGAGAGAUGAAGUGCUUGCGGUGAAUAAUCUGUUCCGGUUUUAUAACCUACUUGACGAGACAGUUACGGUAAACAGCCCGAGGGAUGCUGUUCUAAAUUUAAUUAGGGGUAUGAAUCCUGAAAUUUUUAUCCUCAGUAUUAUUAAUGGAUCUUACAAUGCUCCCUUCUUCGUCACUCGCUUCAGGGAGGCUCUACUCCACUUCUCUGCAUUUUUUGAUAUGUGUGAUACCAAUUUACCUCGUGAGGAUCCGACGAGAUUGAUGUUUGAGGAAGAGUUCCUUGGGCGAGAGAUUGUGAACACAGUAGCUUGUGAGGGCUCUGAGAGAGUUGUGAGGCCUGAGACAUAUAAGCAGUGGCAGGUUCGGAACACGAGGGCUGGGUUCAAACAGCUGCCAUUGGACCGUGAACUCAUGAACAAAUUAAGGUCUAAGGUGAAACUGGGGUACCACCGUGAUUUCGUGGUUGAUGAAGAUGGAAACUGGAUGCUGCAAUGGAUGGAAGGGCAGGAUUAUCUAUAGUUCCUCCUGUUGGGUUCCGUCUAGGUCCUGAAAUGCAUGCUUGUUAGAACUGAAUUGACUUGCACAAAUAGGCAGUUAACCAUUGAAAUUAACUUCUGUAGUUCUACAUAUAUAUAGAUAGUGCUGUAUUUUGCCAUCACCAACCUGUCUUGGUGACUUUGUACUGGUUGCUUAUCAGUAUUCUAGUCUGCUUUGUUCGAACUUGCCCGGACUCUGAAUCCUUCCCUUGUAUAUAUAUCAUGCUAGCACUGCUUAAGUUUGUAUUAGAAAGUUGAUUUACGAUGAACUAUUGUAAUGUUGAACAUUGUAGUUUUCUUUUUGUAUGUCUAAGUUGAAUCUAAUUGCCAAAUGAAAGCAACUUUUACUUUUUUGGAA